CGAAAGUGAAGGAAAGCAGAGAGCGGAGGAGAUGGGAAGAUAGGAGGCUUUUUUCUUCCUUAUCCUUCCCAUUUUCCUAUUUCUGUAAUUUUUAUCAUUUCCAGACCCGAUUUUAGUCUCAAUCCCUACCAUUUUAUUUUUUUCCAAAUCAUCCGUUUUUUCUUCCUUUUUUAUUUUUAUUUUUAAUUUUCUUUUUUCAGCUUCUCAGUGCUCUCAUCUCCUUUUUGCUUGAUGUCAUUGCUCAAAGAAUAAAUCUUUCAACCCCUUUUUCUUUGUUAGAUCUAUGCAGACCUUGAUUUUCAGUUUCUUUUCUUUCGAAUUAGAUCUGAUAUCUCAGAUCUAGCAAAAUCUCAAGCAGUUUUGCUGCAGAUUCUCAAGAGAUGGAGUGACGGAUCUGAGCAAAGUCUCUUUUUUUUUUUUUUUGUUUAAUGAAAUAGACCUACUGGGGUUGUUUUUUGAAUGAAAAUAGGCCGAAUCUUGUCUGUUUGUUCAAAAUGAUGUACUUCCCGGAUGAAGUUCUGGAGCAUAUUUUCGAUUCCCUGUCUUCUCACCAAGACCGGAAUUCGGUGUCUUUGGUCUGCAAGUCGUGGUUCAAGGUAGAGAGAUGGAGUCGGCAUCGGGUUUUUAUCGGAAAUUGCUAUGCGAUCGGGCCGAAGAGGCUGAUCGAGCGGUUUCCUAGGGUUAGGGCUUUGAGCUUGAAGGGGAAGCCUCAUUUUGCCGAUUUCAAUCUCGUGCCCCAUGACUGGGGCGGGUUCGUGCAUGGCUGGAUCGCUGCCAUGGCGAAGAGCUACCCGUGGCUCGAGGAGCUGAGGCUGAAGAGGAUGGUGGUCUCUGAUGACAACCUCGAGCUGCUGUCGCGGUCGUUCCCGAACUUCAAAGCUCUGGUUUUGGUUAGCUGUGAUGGAUUCACCACUGACGGGCUCGCGGCGAUAGCUGCGAAUUGCAGGGUUCUUAGAGAGCUAGAUUUACAAGAAAGUGAAGUUGACGAUCGCAGGGGUAACUGGCUUAGCUGUUUCCCCGAUUCAUUCACAUCACUUGUCUCACUGAAUUUUGCAUGCCUGAAAGGAGACGUGAAUUUCGGAGCUCUUGAGAGGCUCGUUGCUAGGUGCCCAAACCUCAGGAGUUUGAGGCUAAACCGGGCCGUGCCCUUUGAAGUCCUCUGUAGGAUCCUUGUGCGAGCACCCCAAUUGGAAGACUUGGGCACAGGCUCCUUUGUACAUGACAUCCGUUCCGAGUCUUACUAUAAGCUUGCUAAUGCCUUGCACAACUGCAAGUCCUUGAAGAUCUUGUCGGGGUUUUGGGAGGUCAAUCCACGUUGUUUGAUGGUCGUUUAUUCCAUCUGCUCGAAUCUGACUUCGCUGAACCUGAGCUAUGCACCGUCAAUUCAGGAGGCUGAACUCAUCAAGUUGAUUCGCCAUUGCCAGAAACUUCAACGUCUAUGGGUCUUGGAUUGCAUUGGAGACAAAGGGUUAGGAGUCGUAGCUUCCACUUGCAAAGAACUGCAGGAAUUGAGGGUGUUCCCAUCUGAUCCCUUUGGUGGAGGAAAUUUCGCAGUCACGGAAGAAGGCUUGAUUUCUGUCUCCACUGGCUGCCCAAAGCUCCAUUCGCUGCUUUACUUCUGCCACCAAAUGACAAAUGCCGCUCUUAUCACUGUUGCCAAGAGCUGCCCUCGUUUCACCCGCUUCCGGUUAUGUAUCCUUGACCCCCAGAGGCCUGACCAUGUGACGCUCCAGCCAUUGGAUGAAGGCUUCGGGGCGAUUGUCCAGUCGUGCAAAGGUCUGAAGCGCCUUUCAAUGACUGGCCUACUCACGGACCAGGUCUUUCUAUACAUUGGCAUGUAUGCGGAGCAGCUCGAGAUGUUGUCAGUGGCAUUUGCAGGGGAGAGCGACAAGGGGAUGGUCUAUGUAUUGAAUGGCUGCAAGAAGCUCCGGAAGCUCGAGAUCCGGGACAGUCCGUUUGGCGAUGGCGCGAUCCUGACAGACGUGGGGAAGUAUGAAACAAUGCGAUCCCUUUGGAUGUCAUCAUGCGACGUCACACUCCGGGGCUGCAAGUCACUUGCGCAGAAGAUGCCGAGGCUCAAUGUUGAGAUUAUAAACGAAAGGGAUCAGAUGGAUGAGAACCUGGACGAUGGCCAGAAGGUGGAAAAGAUGUAUGUGUACCGUACGUUGGAUGGCCCGAGGAAUGAUGUGCCUGAUUUCGUCUGGACAGUAUAGGCAAUUGGUCCGCAACAAGAUACAAUUAUGGUUGUACCUGCAGCCAAGGUAAGGUAUUCCGCUCUGCAUCAUUUUCUUGUUUUUAUUAAGCACUUCUGCUUAGUGUUAGACUGAUCUGUGGAUUGAAUUAGUGAGGUUGAGACGGAUCUGUAGUCAGUUUUCUUUAGUUAUAGAGAGAUUCUAGCUGUUUGUAACUAUGCUUGGAUCGACUAAUUUUAUUCGUUGAGUAGUUUUGUUUUCUA